AUGGUGAUUGUUGGAGUGACCGAUUACUCGCCAAUGCGCGUUGGCGCUGCGUCGGUUGCGUUCGGAAGACCGUCGUAUGCCUCCGGAACGGGGACCAUGGUGACGGGGUCCCCGCCGCCGUCUGCUCCGAAGCCCGUGACAACAGACGCUGAAAAGACUCUUCCCCCCGUAUCCGCGGAUCCCCUUGGCGUGAGUGAGGCUGGCCCGUCUGCCCCUGUUGUUGCUCCACCUGCUCCGCCUGCUCCCCCCGCUGCUCCCGGUCCUCCUGCUCCCGACGUUGCGCCAGCGGCGUCCGCCCCUGUUGGGGAGGUUGCUGAUUCUCCUGCUCCUGCCCCUGGCGCCCCCGUUGCACAGACCGCUUCUGUCCCCGCCGUGCCUGCGCCGGCGUCUGCUUCGUCCCCGAAGGCGGCGUUCGCCACCACUGGCGGCCCGGCUCCGUUGGUUGCGCUUCCGGUCGUGGACCCGCCUGCCCCCGCUGCGCUGCCGGCGACACAAGUGCUGCAGCCGUCUCGUCCCCAGUCGCCCGACCGCCGACCAUCCCGCCCCCAUUCUCCUGCGCCCCAGCAGGAGCGCGAGUCGACGCGGCGCCGGCGCAACUCUCCCCGGCGCUACCAGCAGCAGGCCCAGUGGCCUGCCCCCCAUGGUGGCCAUGGGGGCUGGAGGGGUCCCCGCGGGCGCGGUGGUGGUGGGGCAUUCCGCCCGCCUGUGACGAUGGCGGAUCUUCAAAGGGAGGUGUCGAGGGCCGUGCACGAGGAGAGGGCGGCGCAGAGCCAGAGUAGUUCGCUGCGGGCGGCGCUGGCGCAUGUGGCUCCUCAGCAGGCCGUACCUCCCGUGGACCUUCCACCCGCGGCUGUAUUUCCUCCCCCCGUCCUUGCCCCAUCGCCUCGUGCCCCCGCUGCUUCGCUUGCAGCUUCUGGAUCUCGUCUCCGCCUGCCCCCCGUUCCGCCGGUGGCUGGUGUUGAGUUCGUUGCUGCUGGCGGGGGAGCGGCGGGGGCGCAGCACACUCCCUACCCUGCUGAUGAUGAGCCGCUUCCAUUCCUGGCGGUGGCACUUCAGGCCCCGCAGACCCGAGUACCUGAAACGACACUCGGACAGUUGCACCGUCUUGCGGAGAGCCUUCACGCUCUGCUGCUGAUUCAGGUGCUGGCUCACGCGUCUCUCCCUGUGAUCCCUGCUGACUCGUUUCGUGACAGGCCGCGCGAGACUUGCCUGGACGCGGCAGACCAGCUCGCGCAGCUGCUGGUGCCCGCGUUGGCUGCGCCCGCAGAGGGUGGCGCUGCGGCUGUGGGACAACUUGACGAAGCUGUCCGGGGCUUGAGGCGACACUUGCACGCAGGAUCUGGAGCCGCGGCGAUCGGCGCAAGUACGCUGGUGGUCCUUGCUCUUGCUCUCGCUCUCGCUCUCACUCUUUGCUUCAUGUGCAGCUCUCUCUCGUGGAAAUAG